ACAUUUUGAUCAGUCUUGAACUUAUAUCAUUUAAAUAGAGCAUACCUAUGUUCAUAAAUAAUAAUAAAUAGUCAAUUUACAAUUCGAAUUAAUUUAUUGCUCAUUGUCGGAUGUGAAUAUUUACCGAGUUAAAUACCGCAAUAAAUUCUACAUUUUCUUGUGUAUUUUAAGUGGAUUAUAAUUAUUAUAAACACAAUGUUUAUAUAUAUUAUUUUCUUUGGAAACCGUCCCACAGUUGCCUCAUAGACUCCACUCUGUUACACAAUUGAGCAAAUAACAUUAUUAGUCUAAUGACAAGAGAACUCUUGGCUACGUUACAGCUGCACAAAUUGGUCGAUCACAGGUUAAGUUACGCUUUAUACGGUCGUUCAGUAUAUAUGUAGAACUAUAUCACAAUGACUUCCUCAGUGUUUCGGAAGGAACGCUAAAUUGUGGGUCCCGGCUGUUAUUCAUCUUUGACAGUCGGGUAGUUAGAAGCGAGAAAGUCAUACAGCCAGUCUCACCAGCAGGCAUCGUGUUACCUAGGUAUCUAAGUUGCGGAGGUCAGAUAGGCAUUCGCUCCUUAUAAAACACUAGCACUAAGCUGCACCCGGUUAGAAGCUAGAAUGAUGAUGAAUUCAUUGCACACCUAAUCCUAGGCACCCUGCAAAGUCAGUUUGCCUGAGAAUCGCCCAAGGUUUUCAACAGAUAUCUUAAAUAUCUUCAAUAGAUGUCUCAACAACACUUUGGCGUUGAAUAAAUUAAACGCUGUAUAUACAACCACACUCUUCGGUGUUUACAGUAAUGGUUAGGUCCCCUUUUAGAGGUUUUUAGACCUGUACCAUCUUUAAACGGCUGUACAGUACCAAUGCGCUCUUAGAGCACGAAUUUUGCAAGUAAAAUGAUUAAAUUAAAAGGACAGUCUGAAUUCUUCUUUUGUUUGUAGUAAAUCUAUAACUUACAAUAUAACGCUGAUGCAUGAACUUCCAAUGACCUAAAAAACGUAGUGACGUACCUAAACGUGAUAGAUUUACAAACAUCCUCCUUUCGAAGCAUUACCCAGCCAUUAGAGUUCCGUAGUAAAAUAGUUAAGCGAAAACCUUUUUAGUUUUAUGUUUUUAGAUUAUCCGAUGCACAACUUUCCUUUUGAAACUUCGUUAAAAAACGUUCUGGUAAAAGCAAAUCUUCAAAAUUCCAACACAAACUUUUCUGCUGCGCUCAGUAUAUUUUUUGUCUUAUUUUAGCAAUUUUUUUAAAGAUUAAAGUCUUCUACGAAUAUUACCUACAGGUAUGUUGAACUUGUAAGCCUAUAUCAACAAAGCAAAUACAAAUACAACUUAACCAUUAGUUACUAUGUCAUAAUAUACGUUCAAGUUCAAAUAAACAUAAAACAAGAAUUUCAAGAAGCUUUGUUGAUUGCUCAAGGUCAAUCAUAAUGUUCAACUCGUGAGUUUAUAAGAAACGCUUAAAUAAAUCGCUUUAAUGAAGACAAAAUAUGUUAUUAAUAGCUAGAUGUAUAUUGAAGUUCUUAUAUUUCGGCUCUAGGAAAUAACGAAAAUAUCACUGCUCCACACCUUUUUCUGAAAAAGUAUUUAAGAAUUUUGUUCUUCGAAAGCUUUAUCACGUUUUUGCUCAUUUUUCCAUCGGAAAGUACGAGUAGACUUUUUAUAAAUAGUCUCAUUCUUCUCGAAAAUGUGACGUAGGAUCUCCUACAAAUUUAAAAUACCGAAAAAAUUCUUCCUCUUUCCUGCACUGCCUUUAUCUAGCCCUUAGGUUUGAAACUUAAUGCCUUUGCCUACUCAUCCGGGGAACAACAAACCCGUAUUGUUCUGCACCUACUAGUAGAUUUGUAUAAUGCAUUUGUACUUCUUUGAGUUGUCUUUAUGUGUCUUCACGUUUAGGCAAACUGCCAAAAGGAUAACAACUCUUUGUUGAAGGAGCAAGCUUAUUGCGAAUACCACACAAUUUUUCGUAAAACGUGAAUUCCAAUAAAAUGGUUCAGGUACGGCUUGUUCCAGUAAAAAGUUAUUCGGGCGUCUGUUCUAAUAGAAAUAUUUUUAUGUAACUAUCCGCCUCAAUAUCGCGAAAGUAAAAGCGAAAUCAAAAGCAUCACAAGAAAAAAAAAACUUCAAAACCUAAUCAAACAACAAAUAAAAAUUGUUUAAGUGUAAUAAGAAAAAUAAAUAGUUUCCAACGUUGUUGUGAGCAAUUGAGCAUUUCCCCGGAGUUUUCCAAUCGCUUUCAAUUUGUUACCUGCGCCGCUUAGAGGCUGAAUGGACGUUGCUUUAGUCCAUGUUAGUCUUGACCGAGCUACCGUGUAGGUGACCCGUGUUCGCUUGCGCGCGCAUUCCCGCGCUUUCCGUCAUAAAUAACCGCGUAAAAUUAUUUAUUGGAUUUUCUCUUCUGUAAUAUUGAAAGUUGAUAGAAUUUGUUCAUUUUCGUGCGUGGUGUAUUGAUUUAUUGUUUUAAUUUUACACGAUGGAGGUAGGAGUCCAGCUGGUGGGCAUAAUACUUCGUCUGCUCAACUUCCUUCUGGGGCCCAUAUUCUGGUUCUACGGGCGCAGCAAUCGACGAGUACCGCCGGUCACCAACCCCAUACUGCUGAAGAGCGCGUGUGAGCUAGCUGCCGCUGUCAGGAAUGGAGAAAUAACAAGUGAGGAGCUCGUGACGGUAUACAUCAACCGCGUCAAAGAAGUUAACCCUUAUCUAAAUGCUGUGGUGGACGAACGGUACAGGGCUGCCCUCGACGACGCCAGGGCGGUUGACAGGGAGAUAGAGGAAGCUAAAAAGAAUAACACCUUCGACCAACUGGUCAAGGAUAAGCCUCUGCUCGGUGUGCCCUUCACCGUCAAGGAGAGCUGUUCACUAAUUGGCCUAUCGAACUCAGUGGGAUGUCUAGAAAACGCUGGACGGCGAGCCACCGCGGACGGCAAAGUGGUGAGCCUCGUGAAGAAGGCAGGAGCCAUCCCGCUGCUGGUGUCCAACACGCCGGAGCUGUGCCUCGGCUGGGAGACCACCAACAUGCUGCGGGGGCGCACCAACAACCCUUACUGCUUGAGCAGGACGCCCGGGGGCUCGUCUGGAGGAGAGGCGGCGCUGCUGGCGAGCGGGGCGUCCGCGCUGAGCGUGGCGUCCGACAUCGCGGGCUCCAUCCGCCUGCCCGCCGCCUUCUGCGGGGUGUUCGGACACAAGCCCACGCCCGGUAUCAUAUCGAUAGAAGGUCACAUCCCGACUCUGAGCGAUGAGAAUUUCCCCAAGUUCCUCACAGUAGGCCCGAUGACGCGCAAGGCGGAAGACUUGCCGCUGCUCAUGAAUAUUAUGGCCGGGGACAAUAAGGGCUUGCUGAACCUUGAUGAACCCGUUGAUCUGAAGAAAAUUAAGGUCCAUUACAUGUAUAAAGCAGCGGACUCUAUUGCGCUUCUGAAAGUCGAGAACUGUAUAACCGAGGCCAUACGUAAAGCGGUGAAAUACUUAGAGACGGAAUGUGGAAGCACAGUCAGCGAGGAAAAAUUCAAAGAUUUAGAAGACUCAGUCGAAAUAUCAGUCUCCGCAUUUUUUUCGAUGAAAGAUAUUCCGAAUCUGUUGCAAGAUCCCGCCAACCCGAAGCGUGAUAAAAGCCUAUUUGUGGAGUUUAUAAAAUAUUUCUUCGGUGGCGGAUCGCGGUCACUACAAGGACUGAGUUUCUCUCUCAUCAACAGAAGUCGCUUGUUCAUUCCCGAUUCACGGAUAAGCUAUUAUAAUGAGAAAGCUAACGCAUUACGUGAACAGAUGCAGCGCGUGCUGGGGCGCUCGGGCGUGCUGCUGUACCCGGUGUGCAGCGGCGCGGCGCACGCGCACCACGCGGUGUUCACGCGCGCGGCGGGCGCGCUGUACUCCAUGCUGUUCAACAUCGUGGGCGCGCCCGCCACCGCCGUGCCGCUGCCCGCGCACCACGGCCUGCCCGUCGCCCUGCAGGUGAUAGCUGCACCAAAUCAAGACAGACUGUGUUUAGCCGUAGCCAAGCAGCUCGAGAUCGGCUUCGGGGGAUGGAAGCCGCCCCAAUAAACUAUAAACCUAAGUGAAAACAUACCAAAUACGCUAAUAACUUAAACAAACCACAUGUAUGGCGUGGUUUAUCUUUUUUACACAAAUUUAAUAUAGGAACGUAAUUUCAUAUUACUUUAUUCUAUUUUGUACGUAUGUAUGUCAUAGAUGUAAAUUACUCGUAUUAUCAACAAUCGGGUACUUGACUAUUUUUAAAUUGUUGUGUGUAUUUCGAUGUAUACAUAAAAAUAUAAGAAUUGUAAAGUCGCGUCCGCAAUACAGAAAACACGUAGCUAAACUAAAUUCUGACGUCAAAAUAUCAGUUUUGUACGAUAAAUACUAAUACAGCACACUUAAAAGAUGAUUAAUGACAUUUAAGCUACGCCACUAUUUAUUUAACAGUAAAAAAUACUUAAGUAAUCAACAAUUGAUGCUUGUUUAGUCGACAAAACUGCAGGACAAUUUUACAAAAGAAAAAAUUGAGCUGGCAAUACUGUAACUGUCAAAUUAAAAACUGCUGCGUGACGUUUGAUUGCGAGCGCGGCUUUAUCGCCACAGAUUAAAAACAACAAGUACUUUUCCUAAUCGAUAGGAUCUUGACUAUAUGUGUAUAAUAAGAUUAAGGAUAUGGUCUUUUCAAAUUUUCGAUGUAAUAUUUUUUACACUUCGGGGAAUUUACUUAAUAAAAAAUAGCCGAGCACCCAAUUGCUUUAGGAAUCAUUGAUGAUUAUUUUUGGAAAAAUAAAUGUUGCCUUACGUGUAUUUUGUUAUUUUUUAUGUCUGAAAUAGAUGUCUGUACACUUUUAUUUUAUAAUAUUUAUAUGUAACACUUUUUCAAGCUAUUGUUAUAUCUUCAAAUUAUCUAGUGACGUAAUGUUAUUACCUACAUGAUAAUUAAAGCAUUGUAUGCUUAAUUAAAUAUAGAUGUUAAGUCUACAUUAUACCAAUGAUAAACGAGGUUAUGGAUUUAUAUCAUUUUUUUUUGUGAUGGGUGCUUUACAUAAUUCCGUAUAUUUCCAUAAAAAUAAUUAUUUCUUUUUUAAGUUUUUGAUUCCUUUUUAAGUGCUGUGAAUGUAAUAUUUAGUUUCAAACUAAAUAUUAGGAACAUAAUUCUUGUAGAUUUAAGUUGUCCAUCUAAUUUAUGCACUGUUUAUAACAUAAUUGGCUAAUAUAGUGAGACAAAUAAAUGAAGUGGUGCAACACA